AUGGUUGGUGUCGGCUGGCGGCGCCCACGCCGACGACGGCUGGCGUCUUUCGGCGGCGGCGGGGGGAAGGCGAGGGCGAAUCACGGGGGGGUGCCUGGCCUCGCGCGCGGUGGCAGUCCAAAGCAGGCGGCCAUCGUUGCGUGCGCCUUUCGGCCUCGUCCGGCUCGUCGGCGCGCGCUCCAGCCUCCAAACCCCACUCCCAGUCUGGGAUUUGUUGCUCCCUGUUUUUCCUUGUGCCGCCUCCCUCCUCCUGCGUUCAACACUUCCUCCUCCUCCUCCUCCUCCUCCUCCUCCUCCUCCUCCUCCUCCUCCUCCAGCCCAUCCCCGGCCGCAGCGGCGGCACGGGCCAAUUUUUUUGCCGGUCGCGGACCCGCGUUGCGCCACGGCGCGCACGCGUGCGGGCCUUGGGGCCCGAGCGUUCGGACGGCGGAGCGCCCGCCGCGAUGUCUUCCACUGUCGUCUGCGGCGUCGAGCUCCCAGCUCUGCUCCUCGCCCUCGUCGAGAGAUGGCGGCCGGGGAGCCCGCGGAGGGCACGCCGGGCGCGGCCGGGGAGGCCGCGGAGGAGCCGCGGCAGGAGGGCCCGGGCGCCGGCGACGCCGAGGAGGAGGAGGAGGCCGAGAGGACGCCGAGAAGGGCGAGGAGGAGGGCGAGGAGGAGGAGGAGGAAGACGACGAGGAGGAGGACGAGGAGGAGGAGGAGGAGGAGGAGGAGGGCGAGGCCGAGGCCUCGGACGACGGCGCGGGCUGCGACGGCACCGCCGCGCACGCCUGGCCCACGGGGCGGGCGAUGGCGCUCGCACUCUCGGCCUCGCUCCGGCUGCGGGAGCUCGUGGAGGGCAAGCGGGUGUUGGAGCUCGGCGCCGGCGGGGCGGGCGUGGUGGGCCUGGCGGCGUUGCGACGGGUGCGCGGGCGGCCGUGCUGA